CAACUCAUCUUUGCUGCAAAGUGUACGCAGACUGCAGACGGUGAGUGCACGGAAGUUAGAAGGUGUUUAUAUAGGUUGUCAAAACUCACCACCAAAACCUCACCACCAAAAAUCCACUAGACUUAAGAAGACUGUGCGGUAUCGAGCAUUCAGGCUGAAUCGCACACCGUAAGUCCCCCUUGUUUGAUUGUGGACCUGUCAACAAAAAUUGCUUCCUAAUGCAAGGUCAAGGUCUUCUCCCUCAUAAAGUAAAACUCGCUGUUCCGUUCCUAAACAGCACCGACGCCAACCGGUGUCUUCAAAUUUUGCAGCCUGAUCAUGAAUUACGUGAGGACCAGGUGAAACGCCGUCUUAGUGUAGACGGCUCGAAUCUGAUUGUGGAAUACGAAUGUUCAUCGGCCAAGAUGACCCGUGUUACCAUGAACACAUUUUUUGAAAAUUUACAUCUUAUCGUAGAGACUAUGAAUGAAUUGUCGAGUCUGUGAGCUUCUAAUAUAAAUAAAAGGUAAAACGAAACGUUGGAGAGUGUAAAGGAAUGUCAGCAAACGGAAAAUAUAUGAGUUGGGGGUAUCCUAAUUCUUCUUUUAUUUGCACAAUAGUCAUGAACGC